CAACACCAACCCCAACCCCCACCUCUACAAAAACACGGUGUUUAUAACAUCCACCCUCGGGGACGCGCACUGGACACUGGCUUUCACUGAUGCAUAUUAUUUUGUUGGACAAUGUUCUGCGUAAUUUGUGCGUUUGGUAGACUGUUUGUCUGAUUUCCAGUUGACUUGUGAUUUGAGGUGUAUGUCAAUACAGAAGAUUGUUGUGCGGUUCUGGGUUUCGGAAGGGCUUGUUCAGAGGGACUCUGCCCGAAGCGCGAUUCUGACGAUUUAUUUUAUUGACGAUUUUCUGAGAGAAGGCUUUGAUUGUAAUAUACAACUGUGCACACUUGGACGUGAGAAACUAUAAUGUAUAGUUGUCUACCACAUGCAUUGUAAGGGAAGGGAAGAUAGUCUACUGCAACUGAUUUUCGACAGAGGAGGAGGAGGUGGGGUGGAUUGUUAGAUAAGAGGGACUUUGUAAGGGGCUCAGCCAGGACAUGUGAGAAGAACAAAACUAUGCCCCUCACUGACGGACGAGAGCGGACAACGGACACACGCACCUGUCUGUCCACUGUCACACCGUGGCAUAUGGUGGUGUGUUUUUGUCUGGUUUUCUCUCUAGGAGACAUAAGAUUUACAGCCUUUUGAUGGCUUUAGUGAUUCGGUUUAUUUUUGUCCAACCUAUAGCCUAGGAUACAAUAGGAGAUAAUUGGACCCAAAUAUAUUCCAUUUUAAAUUUGUAUCUAUUCAGAUCACCUUAGUCUCAGAUAAAAAAUCUAUUUUGCAAACGAGACUUGGUCGAAUAGCAGCAAUAGGCCUAAUGUCUCAUUGAGAUUUAAAUAAUCCCUUCUUCAAAGGAGCAUUGAAUUGAUUGAAAAUGAAUUUCGAUCAGAUUCUAACAGCUGUAGGAGGGUUUGGAAAGUACCAGAAGAUUUUGUAUGUGUGGAUCUGUCUGCCUCAGAUACUACUGGGUUUUCAUAUGAUGGUCAGCAUCUUUACCGGGGCUACACCAGGACAUCGCUGCCGGGACAGCCCGAGCUCAGGCCCCGGUAAUAACGUUCAUAAUGGUAGCCUGGCAUUGACUUCAGCCGUUACUGCAAAGCUGAACCUCAGCAUCCCGGUGGAUCCACAGGCGGACGACUCCUGCGUCCUCGUGGACAUUCUAACAGAGAACGGGACUGCGCGCGCGCCUUGCGAGCACGGAUGGGUGUACAGCCAGGAGAUUUAUCAAAGCACUACCAUCACUGAGUGGGACUUGGUGUGUGACAAGGCAUGGCUCAACAGUCUGGGGUCUUCUGUCUACAUGUUGGGUCUGCUGGUGGGAGCAGUCAUCUUUGGAGCUAUGGCAGACAGGAUUGGUAGGAGGAAUGCCCUGCUCCUCUCCCUAGCACUACAGACAGUGUUUGGAGUGGCUGGGGCUUUCGCUCCAAACUUCCCUGUGUAUGUCCUGCUGCGAUUUAUUCUGGGGACUACUAUCUCUGGAGUCAUCAUCAACGCCUUUGUACUGGGUACAGAGUGGACGUGUGCCCAGCGUCGUAUGUUAGCUGGUGUCUUCACUGACUACUUCUUUGGCCUGGGCUACAUGCUAAUAGCUGGACUAGCCUACCUCAUACGAGACUGGAGAAAACUACAGCUGGCUAUAUCUGUUCCUGGCUUUCUCUUCAUCUUCUAUAUAUGGGUGCUUCCUCAGUCAGCUAGGUGGUUGCUAGCCAAUGACAGGAGAGAGGAGGCCAUUGUUCUACUACGCAAAGCUGCUACAGUCAACGGACGUGUAUUACCACCUACUAUACAGGUGGACUGGUGUGACAUGGAAGGUAGAAGGAGCCACUCAGCUGCAGAUCUUGUUAGAACACCCCAGAUGAGGAAAAGAGCUCUUAUCCUUUUCUAUGUCUGGUUUGUGAAUGUAUUGGUAUAUUAUGGACUGUCUCUAGGUGUAUCUAAACUGGGCUCAGACCUCUACCUGACCCAGUUCAUCUUUGGAUUGGUGGAGAUCCCUGCCAGGUCAUUGGUUCUCCUGUUCCUCCCUUGGAGCAGACGCCUAUCCCAGAGUGUCUUUCUGGCCCUGGGGGGCGUGGCCUGUCUGCUCACUCUAACUGUACCUACAGACCAUCCCAACCUGAUAACAGGUCUAGCCAUGGUAGGAAAGUUUGGUAUCACUGCUUCCUUCGCCGUUAUCUAUGUUUAUACUGCUGAGAUCUUCCCAACUGUACUACGGCAGACAGGAAUAGGUGUGUCCAGUAUGUUUGCCCGUGUAGGGGGUGUGUUAGCCCCCCUUAUCAACAUGCUCCAUACCAGAAGCCCCUCUCUACCCAUGCUCAUCUUUGGCUGCACCCCCCUGCUUGGCGCAGUUCUCGCCCUGGCACUGCCAGAGACUGCCAACAGACCACUACCGGAUACCGUAGAAGACGCAGAGAACUGGGACACUAGGUUUCCUCCAAAGAAGGGCCAAGGAGAGGACAUUAUCCAAUCAGCAAGCAGCACAGAGGGGCAGGAACUACAGCGCCUAGCAACGGAGUCUUGACCACUUACACACAUCCCAGCAAUCCACACACAAACACACAUACAGUUCAAGUCAGAGGUUUACAUACACCUUAGCCAAAUACAUUUAAACUCAGUUUUUCACAAUUCCUGACAUUUAAUCCUAGUAAAUAUUCCCUGUUUUAAGUCAGUUAGGAUCACCACUAUAUUUUACGAAUGUGAAAUGUCAGAAUAAUAGUAGAGAGAAUGAUUUAUUUCAGCUUUUAUUUCUUUCAUCACAUUCUCAGUGGGUCAGAAGUUUGCAUACACUCAAUUAGUAUUUGGUAGCAUUGCCUUUAAUUUGUUUAACUUGGGUCAAACGUUUUGGGUAGCCUUCCACAAGCUUCCCACAAUAAGUUGGGUGAAUUUUGGCCCAUUCCUCCUGACAGAGCUGGUGUAACUGAGUCAGGUUUGUAGGCCUCCUUGUUCGCACACACUUUUUCAGUUCUGCCCACAUAUUUUCAAUAGGAUUGAGGUCAGGGCUUUGUGAUGGCCACUCCAAUACCUUGACUUUGUUGUUCUUAAGCCAUUAUUACACAACUUUGGAAGUAUGCUUGGGGUCAUUAUCCAUUUGGAAGACCCAUUUGCGACCAAGCUUUACCUUCCUGACUGAUGUCUUGAGAUGUUGCUUCAAUAUAUCCACAUAAUUUUCCUGCCUCUUGAUGCCUUCUGUUUUGUGAAGUGCACCAGUCACUCCUGCAGCUAGCAACCCCACAACAUGAUGCUUCCACUCCCAUGCUUCACGGUUGGGAUGGUGUUCAUCGGCUUGCAAGCCUCCCCCUUUGUCCUCCAAACAUAACAAUGGUCCUUAUGGCCACCAGUUAUUUUUGUUUCAUCAGACCAGAGGACAUUUCUCCAAAAAGUACAAUCUUUGUUCCCAUGUGCAGUUGCAAACCGUAGUCUGGCUUUUUUUAUGGCGGUUUUGGAGCAGUGGCUUCUUCCUUGCUGAGCGGCCUUUCAGGUUUUGUCGAUAUAGGACUCGUUUUACUGUGGUUAUAAAUCAUUUUCUACCUGUUUCUUCCAGCAUCUUCACAAGGUCUUUUGCUGUUGUUCUGGGAUUGAUUUUCACUUUUCACACCAAAGUACAUUCAUGUCCUGGAGACAGAACCCGUCUCCUUCCUAAGCGGUAUGACGGCUGAGUGGUCCCAUGGUGUUUAUACUUGCGUACUAUUGUUUGUACAGAUGAACGUGGUACCUUCAGGCAUUUGGAAUUUGCUCCCAAGGAUGAAUCAGACUUGUGGAGGUCUACAAUUGUUUUUCUGAGGUCUUGACUGAUAUCUUUUGAUUUUCCCAUGAUGUCAAGCAAAGAGGCACUGUGUUUGAAGGUAGGCCUUGAAAUACAUCCACAGGUACACCUCCAAUUGACUCAAAUGAUGUCAAUUAGCCUAUCAGAAGUUUCUAAAGCCAUGACAUUUUCUGGAAUUUUCCAAGCUGUUUAAAGGCACAGUCAACUUAGUGUAUGUAAACUUCUGACCCACUGGAAUUAUGAUACAGUGAAUUGAAGUGAAGAGAAAUAAUCUGUCUGUAAACAAUUGUUGGACAAAUUACUUGUGUCAUGCACAAAGUAGAUCCUAACCGACUUGCCAAAACUAUAGGUUGUUAACAAAAAAUUUGUGAGUGUUUGAAAAACGAGUUUUAAUGACUCCAACCUAAGUGUAUGUAAACUUCCGAGGCAACCUCUCACUCGUUACAAGAUUCAAAACCACAUACCAUACAGAAGGUCUGUAUAGAAGCACUAUGCCAUGCAAGUAGCAUGUGCGCACACACACACUCAUAUACACUUGCACACAUACAAUAUGGGGGUCAUUCAUAAUUCCUACAGUGAAUGAGUCGCCCAUGUUUUCCUAACCAUAAAAAACAACUUUUUAGCGCUCUUCAUUCAAACAUGUAAUAUUGGUUUUGGUUUUCAGAAAUUUGAUAACAUUACCGGGGUGGUAAAAACAAAUGAAUAACCCCAAAACACACAAACGUGCCAACAAGAUUUUAGGUUGUUUGGUGAAACAUGCUCAUGUGAUGAGUAACCUUGUCUGAGACCUGAAGAUUUGCAUCAACUCCCUGAGCAAAUGCCUUUAGUUCAGUAGGCUAUACUUUUUAUUGCACACGGAUGACCUGUCAACCUUCUAAAACAUGUUUGAGAACCAAUUAACUAUUUUCAUGGUACUGUACAUCUGUCAUUACAUAUCUAAAUCGUAUGUGGUAUAUCUAUGCAAUAUGUCUACGCCGUUUUGUUACUUACUAUCUUACUGCCUUAUCUUUUCCAGAUAACUAUCACUCGAGAAUGCUAGCUUGAGAGUACAUCAGAAUAUUGCUCAUAAAUGUGAACACAUGCACUAGCUUUUUACAAUACCCUUUAUGUAGCGCUUAUAGUCUAUUAUGCAGGUAUAAUUCAGAGGUUUGCAAGCAUUUUGGUUGAUCAUGUGUUGAAAGUAGUACAUUAACUGCUACAGCUCUUUUUGGCUGAUGUGUAUUUUGUUCUGAGGGCAUCAUUGACAAUUGGCAAAGGUUAGAUUUGAUCCAUAGCUAUAGACACUACAUCACCAAGAGUAUGUGGACACCUGCUUGUUGAACAUACAUUCCAAAAUCAUGGGCAUUAAUAUAGAGUUGGUCCCCCCAUUUGCUGCUAUAACAGCCUCCACUCUUCUGGGAAGGCUUUCUAACAGCUGUUGGAACAUUGCUGCAGGAAUUUGCUUCCAUUCAGCCACAAGAGCAUUAAUGAGGUACAGCAACGAUUUUGGCGAUUAGGCCUGGCUUGCAGUCGCCUUUCCAAUUCAUUCCAAAGGUGUUUAAUAAGAGUUGAGGUCAGGGUUCUGUGCAGGCCAGUCAAGUUCUUCCGCAUGGAUCUCACUUUGUGCACAGGGGCAUUGUCAUGAUGAAAACAGGAAAGGGCCUUCAAACUGUUGCCAAAAAGUUGGAAGCACAGAAUCAUCUAGAAUGUCAUUGUGUGCUGUAGCGUUAAGCUUCCCCGUUACUGGAACAUCCAGAGGCAUUUUGUAACACAUUUUUGCAACCAAGGCCAAGAUGUUUAAACAUGCUAUGACAGUGCCAUUCUGUGAGCGUAUGUCUACGGCUGAGCCGUUGCUGCUCCUAGGAUGUUUCCACUUCCCAAUAACAGCACUUACAGUUGACCAGGGCAGCUCUAGCAUCACAUCAAUUUGACAAACUGACUUGUUGGAAAGGUGGCAUCCUAUGACAGUGCCAUGUUGAAAGUCAGAGCUCUUCAGUGAGGCCAUUCUGCUAAUGUUUGUCUAUGGAGAUUGCAUGGCUGUUUGCGCGAUUUUAGACACCUGUUAGCAACAGGUAUGGCUAAAAUAGAAGAAUCCACUAAUUUGAAGGGGUGUCCACAUACUUCGGUAUAUAUAAUGUACAUGUGGUGCUACUGCUAGCAACAGCAAGGCAUACAUGUAUUCAUCAUGUGUUUAGAACAACUGAUUGUGUUGGGAAGAGUAAAGUCUUAUUUGUCACAUGAGUUAGCAAAACACUAUUGAGUCAGCAUGAACACAAAAAAAGAGCAGCAAGUACAAAAACAUUCCACAUUUAUUGAGAUGACUCCACGAUUCCAGAGCACAAGUGUGCGUAUAGCAUGAUUCAGUGUGUGCGCACGUUUGUGACAAAGUGUGUAUAUGAAAGGGAGCGAAAGGCACCGUGCGCCAACCAGCAAUAAACAUGUCUAAAAAUCUUACUGCCUAAACGACAUUACUUCAUCCCAUGCACCACACACACUUCUGAUAUUAUUCCAAUUUCAAAUACCCCCU